UACCGGGGCAUGCAAAACGGACUCCACCCCUCACUCAUCACUAAACGGCGACCGAGCUCUGGAAAUUAGCCUACUGUCUACAUUUGACAGCCACAACUUCAUAAAUAAUCAAUAGCUAAAAGGCUACAAUUAUCUUAAACAAUGGUGGCAAAACAGAGAAUACGCAUGGCCAACGAGAAACACAGCAAAAACAUCACGCUGAGAGGCAAUGUGGCCAAAUCCACGAGAAAUCCAGGUGAAGACAAGGUGGCAGUGGGACCAUGGCUUCUGGCGUUAUUCAUCUUUGUCGUCUGCGGAUCAGCAAUCUUCCAGAUCAUUCAGAGCAUUCGAAUGGGAAUGUAAUAUCAGGAGCCCUACCACCAUCACCUGUUUCCAGCAUUCCUCUACACAUCAAGUGGUUUCAUGGUGCCUCACAAGACUGAAGAUGAUCAACUACCAUCUGUCCAUUCCUUUUUUCCCCCUAUUUCUCUUUUCCCCUCUUUGGCAUAGCCAAGCAGGGUAAGCACACCCUUGUCAUCUUUGCCUGACAUAAAUUAAGAAGAAAAAAAAAGAUUGGAGAUGUUGUUGUUUCAGGGAACUACAUGGGUAUUUGUACAGUGAUGACUGCUGUAUGUGUUGAUUGAUGUGCCAAAACCAAAUGGAGUGAAUGUCUGAUAUUCUCCUGUGGUAUAAAUUCCAGAACACAAGACCACAGUGACUUCAUUCUAGGACUAAACUCUUCUUCUUGGUUGUACACGGCCAGUAUCUGGUGUCUUAUACCCUUUAUAUUAUAAUGAAUAUUAUGUGACGCCUUUGCUGUAUUUCCAGUCAUUUCUUCAGUUACGAAAGGAAAGUAAAGGUCUUUUGAAUCAGAUUUGCACUGUGUGGCUAAGACAAUGACAUCUACUAUUUCUGCUUAAACAAAUAAAAUAAAAAGGUAUAUCCUUGUUAUUGUU